AUGUCGCGCCGCCUCGUUGCUGACCCCUGGCGCUGCAAGGAUUGCGUCACGAGGGGCGGCGCGCCGUGGAUCAACCGUGGCGACCUCAAGCAAUGCUCCAAAUGCAACCUACUUAAAGGAGUCUGCUACGGUGGUCCCAAAACGCCCAAAGGGAGCCCUGCGACCAUGUCCAAGGGCCCACCCAAGGCAUCGAAGGAUAUGUCCGGCACCGCCUCCAUGGCUAAGCAGCUGGCCGACCUUCAGGCCAUGGUCAAGAAGCUCACGGUCACCAAGUCGCCUCCUCCUUGGGCGGCUGCUGCUGCUGCUGCUGGGGGGAGCGCUUCCAAUGCUGGGGCGGGCGUCGGAUUGGACAGUGGGUACUCCCAUGGGGCUCCCACUGGCGACAGCAGAGGCACCGCUGACCCUUCGGAGAAGCAGGUCAAGCGCGACCGCAUCAAGAAGAUCAAUGAGCUCCUCAAGGUCUAUGAUGGAUCCUCUGUGGCCUCUGACCUGGCGCAGGUCAAGUCCCUCACUGAAGAGAAGGAGCGCCUGGGCAAGGAGCUCGACGCUGAGCGCCGCUUGGAGGAUCGGGUCACCUCCCUCGCCACGAGGCUGCGGACCUCUCGUGCCAAGGCCAAGUGCCUUCGCGAGGAACACACUAGGAAGCAGCUGGUCAUCGACGAGCUGGUGGCCAAGCAGACGGUGCAGGACUCCCUGGCCGAGGCAGAUGCCGAAGUCGUGCGGCUGGAGGAGGAGGUCCAGCGCUUGGGCGCCGACCCUGCUGCCGAGCCGAAGUUUGCUGUCAACGUCCAGCAGCUUGGCGAGCUGGCCGUGGAGCUCGGCUUGGACCCCAGCCUUCAGGCGGAGCUGGAGACGGCGGCCAAAGUCUUCGGGGGGCUCCAUGAGCUUCCCCAGGUGCAAGCCAGGGGCGACAUGGAUAUCGACAUCGACCUCAUGGAGUCCGCCGAGCUGCGGGAGGCGUUGGAGGCGGCAGGACUCGCGCAGCCUGACGAGGCCACCGACGCGGACGUGCGGGUGGCGCACAAACGUGUCUUCGACUCCUUCACGCACGCGGCUACGGCGCACGAGAGGAAGAAGAAGGCUCGAUCAGCUCCUUUCUGA